GUAGAACUAAACAGACCAUCUACAAAAGAUCAUCUCUGAGACUUCAGUCAUAAACUUCUAAAUUAACAACACACUCCAUCUUCUGUCUAUCAGUGGGGGGGUGGGAGUUCAUGGUAAAGGCAAUCGGCGCACUACUAGGCCUUGUUUCCAUGGAGGCAUACCCGAGGACUUGUUGCGACUGAGGCAUGCCAUUCUUCUUCCCGCUGCUAAAAUGUGCUGCUUAUUCUGACUGAGCUAUUGUGGAGCGCACAAGUGGCUCUCUUAGGAGAAGGGGAUGGGGAAAGAAAGGGUGGGGUCAAGGUUCAGACAAAACGCUCCCAUUGGGACUCCCUUUCUGUUAUCAAAUUUGUUGAGACACAAAAAAAGCUACAGUCUCAUUCCUAAGCACAUCUUGAGGGAGAGAAAGGGGAGUUAUAGGACAGCAUUCUUUGUGUCAGAGCUUCAGUUCUUCCAGAGCUCGCCGGUCAGGCUGCCAGUCUUCACUCUGCUCCUGCACUGAUUGUUCAGCAGACAAAUUGUUUCUCAAGCAGCAAACCUUUUCUUCCACUCUCAGCUCUAAAGCUCAGUCACCAAAACGGAAUCUGCUACAAUGGAUAUGCCAUCUGUGAUGUCUAAUGGGUCAUCAGAGAGCUGUGCAGCAGUGGAUACAACAGUUGAGAACACACUGUUUGGAUGCUUCUACAUCCUGGUUUUCUUUCUGGCGCUGAACGGUAACAGCCUUGCUCUCUGGAUCUUCUCUCACCAGCGUGGCGCUUCCUCUCCAGCUAAUGUCUUCUUGAUUCAUCUGGCUGUGGCAGACUUAUCCUAUGUGAUCAUCCUCCCGCUGAGGGCCACCUACCACCUCACAGGAGGCCACUGGCCCUUUGGCGAGGUGCCCUGCAGGGUGGCGGGCUUUUUGUUUUAUGUCAACAUGUACGCCAGCCUGUACUUCCUGGCCUGUGUGGCGGGUGAUCGCUACCUGGCUGUGGUUCACGCUGUGAGGUCGCUAAAGGUUCGUCGUGCUCGCUACGCUCACAUCAUCAGCUUCUCUCUAUGGGCCCUGGUUACGAUCUCCAUGGCGCCACUGCUUAUCACCCACCAGACCGCGGAUGUGGACGGCGUGACAGUGUGUCUGCAGCUUUACAGAGAGAAGGCCUCGCGCAAUGCACUGAUCUCAUUGGCUGUGGCCUUUACCCCACCUUUCCUCGCCACCCUGGCCUGUUACCUGCUCAUAAUUUACAGCCUGCAUCGGGGCUCCAGGUUAGAGCCGACCCUCAAGCUGAGGGCCCUGCGCACCAUCGGUCUGGUCAUGCUUAUCUAUGUUGUCUGUUUCCUGCCUUAUCAUGUGAGCAGGGCCACUUUCAUCCUGGGCUACAGCCAUCCUGACGUCUCCUGCCAGACACGCAGAGGCCUGAGCCUGGCCAACCGCCUCACCUCCUCCCUCACCUGCCUGAACGGCGCCAUGGACCCGCUGAUCUACCUGUUUGGAGCGGAGAAGUUCCGUGGCACUCUAAUGCAAUUGUUUUGUAAAGAUCAGGCGAGGCUGUCAGGAGCCACCAGCGGAGAGUUAAAGGGAACACAUGAGAGCUCUGUGAGUGCCAAGUCUGAGUUUUGAGGAAGAGAAAUUUGAUCUGGAGUGCUGUUUGAUAUAGAUGCAUUUCCAACACACAACUAAUAUUGGUCUGACUAUUAAUUGACUGUUGCCUUUGCCAGACAGAAGAUGGCUCAUUCCACAAUGUGGGUGAUAUGCCACUGUAGCCCCCAUAGCUUGAAUUUUAGGCCCAGUUCCAGUGUCCACCCUACACCUCAUUCACCCUCACAUACAUUAACUGACAUCACCUGUGUGUGUGCAGGAGAGUGCAAGGACUCCAAACGCCAUAUGAGAACUGGGACAGCACUUUGUGAACUCACGUUAUCUGGACAGGGGCAUCCUGUUCAUUUUCAUUCAUACGUGAUGUAAUUAAUUGAUGAGAAAGUUGUUUCCUCCCUGUUUAAAAGCAAAAUGAUAACUUUGGAGCAAAUCAACAUAUUUGAAAGUCACUAUCACGCCAUUAUAAGACAAAUAAUUAGUGAGUGUAUACCAUAGAUAUAAAACAUUUAUUUCUAUGGUGUAUAUUUCCAGGAAAAUUCCUUCCUGCCAACUUUCAUCCAUGUUUUGCUUGUUCCCUUUUUAUGCUUCAAAAAUUCCAUCUUCAUCUCUGUUGGUUAUCCAUAAAAUGUGGGUUCCUCCAUGCAAAAUCUGUAGAGUUACAUAAAAUCACCAGAGAACCGUCAAACACUAGCCCUCUCCAUCAAUGUCUGAGACUAGGUGGCUCUACUGUUUCCACAGGCUUCUGAUUUUUGUGUCAAAUACCGAUGUUCAAAUAUUUACAUAAACUUUUGAUUUAAACUUUUAAUGUAUAUUUCCUGUCACUAUUUUGUAUCCUACGCCAAAUGUGAUAAUACUUUUUUAUUCAAGGUGUUUUUAGCCAUGCAGCUCUGGCAAUGUCGGUCGGUCUGCUGGUCGGUCCACCCUUUGUACAGACUAAAAUAUCUCAACAACUACUGGAUGGAUUGCCAAAAAAAAAUACAGAUAUCCAUGAUUACUGGAGGAUGAAUUGGAAUUACUUUAGUGACUUUUUCUGUUACUAGCAGGUCUUUGGUUUAUGACCAGUUACUCGCAGAAUUUGUGUUAAGUGCUAAUUAGCUAAUGUUUGCAGAUGUUUGUGGAUGGUAUAUAACUGCCUAAUGCUCAAAGUAUAAGAUGAUUGUAUUGCUGUAAUGAUACAUUGCUUUUAACUAAUAAGCUAAAAGAAUGGCGGUAUAGUCUGUCUUUGGUCCAGACUGAAAUAUCUCUUGGUACCGACAUGUUCCCCUCAGAAUAACUUGUAAUUGUAUGACCAAUAGGCUACCUGCAAAACCAAUGACAUUACUAUCUGCCUCAGCUGUACAUUGCUAAUUAGCAAAUGUUAGCAUGCCAAUGGUAAGCAUCAUUCCUGCUAAACAUCAGCAUGUUAGCAUUGUUGUUGUGAGCAUUUAUGAUGUUAGCAUUUAGCUCAAAGCACCAGAGAGCUGCUAGCAUGGCUGUAUUCUUGAUCUUGUUUUAAUAUAAGUUCACCCACUUACAAAUGUAUUUUCCAUGACAUUUUUAAAUUGCUGGAAGACACCAGUAUCAUGUUUACUUUGCUUUUGCUAGACAAAUCUUCAUUGUACAUAUAUACUUCAUUAUCCAGCUCCUUAACUUUCUAUGCUAUGCAUGUAUUGUUUUGUCCACAUUAUUUGUAUGCUAUUGCACUAUUGCAUGACAAACUAUUUAUCCUAUUUUACUGUGAGUCAGUUUGGCUUGACGUCAUCAGCAGAAGAAGUGAUGUUUGAGACAGAAAGACAUGAUUCACACAGCUUAGUAAAAUAUGAGUUAUAAAUGUAAUUUGUGACUUCAAGUUGUAAAUAAUAACGUAGUAAAGAUGAUCUCACAUCCUCUGUGUGUGAGAUGAUGUCUUGUCUAAACUGCCGUUGCAUAUCUGAGACUUUGUGAAAGUGGGAAAGCUAUUUAUACAAACCUUGAAACCUAUUUCAAGCGCAGGACAGAAACCUCCGAGGCUGCAGUGACUUGUCACAGUGUAGUUCUCUUUUUGUAUCACGUGACCCAUGUUGUGGUUUGUGAGCAGCUUUUUUUCCUCCUCUUAUUUCUGCAAGACUUCCUGUCCAUCACAUGAACAUGGCAAACCAUUCUAAACGUGUAUUUCCUGAAUGUAUAUAUUUUCAAAAGACCUCUAGCGCUCCUGAUUCAUAUUAGAGUAUCAAUCAGACUUGGAUCGGGUCUUCUGGGUAAAUUUAGGCACUUGUUUUAUUCUAGGUCAAAGGUGAUUUGGGUUUUAAAAAUGCACCUGGGAAACAAAUGAUGGCUUCUUAUUCUUUGAAAUUACCCAGAGCCAAUUAUUUCAGUAAAUUCUUUGACUACAAGUUAGAAUCAUCAUAUUUCAUACUUUUUGUUUGUUACUUCCCUUUUUCACUUCUUUAAAUUAAAGUUUUUACAGAUUG